AUACAUAGUUUUCGUCUUAGUAAUCAUCGCGACUACUGUGCAGUCACACUGGCGACGACGCUGAAAUCUAAAGGAUGAACAGUUUUUAAAGCUUUUGCAAUAACCGAAAUCAUGGCCUCAAAGAAACGCGAAUUCGGAGCGAAUCGCUCUUACAAAGGAAAACUGCUCACCAUGUACGAGAGUCUCUUUAGAGCUGAAGAUGACAGUUUUAUUCAUGCCAAUUUUUGGAACGAAUUUUUCCUUAUUAAACCCGAGGUGUCUUAUUUGGAGAAUGAAAUUAUUCGACUAAACGAUGAAAAUUUGUCAAAAUGCAAGUCAAGGAUUCGUUUACUGAUAUCUCACUGCAUCAAUGCUCUGGGUGAUGAUAAUGGUUACAGAGUUGUGUACGCAAUGCAUACCCUUUCUGCAAUCAUGUUUACUUUGUACAAGAAAGCUAACCAACCAGAAAAACCCAUUGAUUUUGUAGAUAUUGCUUUUGGUGCAGAUAAUGUGCAAGAAAGAAUGACUUUGUUUGUGCAGCACAGUAACAAUUUUUUGACUGGAGAAUACUCACUAAAUUUCAAAGCUGCAUAUAUCAAGUUAUUUUUGAUCAUUGCUACAGGAUUAGAUAAUAUUAAUCAGAAUUCAUUGUUAGAAUAUAUUAUCAACAGUUCUAUAUUUGAGUCUCUGAUUGAUGUUUUGAGAGACACGCCUAUGAGAAAUCAAUUUGGUUACGAUGUUGUUCUAGUCAUGACUCUACUAGUUAAUUACAGAAAAUAUGAAAAUGCAAAUCCUUUUAUAGUUAAACUAUCAAUUUUGGACGAUGAACUCGCCUUAAAUGGAUACAGUCAAGUUAUAUCAAGUUCUUUAUCUAAAUUUUGCAAGCAAUUUACUCAAUUCCAUUCUGACACACACACAUCAUGGUUUUCAUCUCUUGGUAGUAUAAUAGGUAACAUGUUUGCUGGAGAGGAAGAAAGUAAAGUUCAAUUAAUUCAAGAAAACAAUCCGUUACUUUUAGCAUUGUAUGAAUUAACUCAUCUUAAUCGAAACUUUGUUAUAACACUUGCCUACACUCAAACUGACACAUCAUUGGCAAGCUCAACAGAAGGAUUAAACCAAAAACAACCCAAUUCUGGAUCUCCAGUACUUGAUAGUACCAAUCAACCUUUCAAUUUAUUAGCCAUUUUUCUGCAGUACUGCUCUAUUGCCAUUCAAGGAACUAAUACAGAGACAAUCAUGCAUAAUGUCAAAAUGUGUUUUCUUAUUUUAAGUUGUAUUUCUGAAGAUCAGUAUGCCAACAGUUUGAUGCAUGAUGCUAAUUUAGCCUGUAGAGUACCUUUACAUAGAGUACAGAUGCAUCAUAGAAAAGCAAACAAUAUAGCAACAAUUUCUCAACCAUUGGCAGCUACACUUCUGGAUUUAAUAGUUGAAUUUGUUGCAUCGCAUAUGAUGAAAAAAUUCCCAUUGGAAUUAUAUCAUCAAUGCAUUGGCAUACUGUUAAGGAUAGUUUGUUAUCAAAAGAGAUGCAGAAUUAGACUCAAUUAUCAAUGGUUAAAUCUAUGGACUGUUCUAAUAAACCUCACAAAGUUUUUAACAUCUAAUGAAAAUCAUUUGGCCAAAAAAAUGAAUAUAUUUGCUUUAGCUACUGAAGUAGUUAAUAUCUUCAACAUAUUUGUAACAUAUGGGGACACUUUUCUUUUAUCUCCUCACACAUAUGACGAGCUGUUUUAUGAAAUUAUCAGAAUGAAACUAAUAUUUACAAAUCUCAAUACAAUGGCUCUAAGAUAUGCCAAUAGCGAAACUUACGAAUACAAACAAAGUGCUUCUGAAUUAACUAAUGCUCUGACCAAUAUUCGUGACAUUCUUGGGCACUUUUUGGUAAAAAUUACGGAAUGGCUGAAGAAAGAAAACAUAUCAACACCCUCUGAGAAUCAGAUUAUGGAAAUAAUAAUUCAGAAUUACGAUAGCUUGACUUUGAAACUGCAAGAUAAUUUGGAUCAAUUUGACAGGUAUUCAGAGAAUCCAUCGCAUCUUGACUUUUUUGAUAAGAUGGUCAAAAGUAUCAUCAAAUCGACUCGAACGUCGGUUGAAAUAAAUCUCCACGAUGUAGAUGAAAUGGUUCGUAAUUACCGUAUCAACGCCUUACUGACGCCUUAGAUUAAUUAUAAUACAUACGUUACAUUAAGUUUCUGUUGUUUUUAAAACAAAUAUUUUCUUUUGCCUAUGAGUGAAUGAUGUGCAAUAGGAUAUCAAUGUAAAUAAUUUAAUGUUACAAAAUGUAUAUAAUUAAUUCUUUUAUUAAUAAUGCCAGUCUAUAUGUACAUAAGUAUGUUAUAUAUACUUGAAAAUUUUGUAAUUUUUAUGUCAUAAAGGGUAAUACCCAUCUAUUCUCUUACAGAUGUACUAUAAUUAAAAAUAAAAUAAUAAAUAUCAAUUAUUCAUAAUAAAUUUUAAAUAUUUACAAAACUCAGC